AUGAACACCGAAAAUAAAUUAUGCAAGGACGGUAACAGUAAGAACAAUAAUGAUUGCCAACGGCCAAUAUGCAAGUCGAAAAAUAGCCCAGAUAUUUGUGAUUAUCUCAAAUCUCAACCAACCCCGGAAUGGAUAAAAUCGAUAAAACAAAACGUUAAAACGAAUACAGGCAGCUCAUCAAAAACCGUCAAAUGCCCUAACGAAAUCAAAUCGACCAGUGAGCAUGCAAAACCUGUUAUCAAUAACGUACAAAAUUGUAAAAGCGUCCAGAAAUCGACCACCGAGAGUUCAUCGGCUGUAAAUAAAGAUGUCGCUGGGAAAAGCAGUUGUCCUUGCAAGGGCUUGGGAAAAUUCCACAACUCACGGAACAAAAAUAAUGAUACUAAACUGUCUGGUGAUCGUGGUGCUGGUUGGGGUUUGGCAGAUUGGAAUCUCGGUAAUAAAAAAAAAGAAGAAAUGCCGAAAGGCCAAAUAACUGCGUCAACUAGUUGUAAAAAGGACCAAACGUCCACUACCGAUAACGUUUCUAAAUGUAAGAACGUCCAGAAACCUGUUCAAUGCCCGUCAACUACCUGCAAGGAUGAAAAUCGAAACAAUGAGUUGUCCAAAGUUGUCCAAAAACCUGAACAAGUUUUGAAUUAUAAAAAUGACCAAAAGCCCGCCACCGACAACGAUUUUAAAUGUAAGAACACCCAGAAAUCUGUCCAAUGCUCGUCGCCUACCUGUAAGCAUGACAACCGAAACAAUGAGUUAUCCAAACCUGUCCAAAAACCUGAACCAGUUUCGACUUGUAAAAACGUCCAGAAAUCGACCGUCGGUUGUCCGUCAGUUGCUGGGUGCAAUAGUUCUAACAAGAAUCCGGGGAUUUCUCACAACACAGACCUAUCUCACGGUCAACACCACGUCAAUAAACUACUGAAGCCCGUCACCGAUAAUGUUUCAAAAUGUAAGAACGUCCAGAAACCGGCUGAAUGCCCGUCACAUUCUCGUAAAGAUGACAACUUGAACGUCGAGAUUACUAGAGGUAGUGGAUGCGCUGAUAAGAAAAUGCCGUCGCUGCCGACGCUUUGUCCCUGUAUUCGGAAACCCGUUAAAGUGUUCAGUUGGUAUAGGCCUAAAGGGCAGUGUCCAACAUUUAAGCCCGAUUCUCCUUGCGGGUGCAGUUGUCAUUCCGGUUCUGAAGUCCGCAGAAGCAGGUUAUAA